UCUCGACUUCAUUCACCCCGGAGAUCACAGGACCGCUGGGAACUGACAUCCAACUCCUCUGUUUGGGCAGCAGGGCGGAGAGGGUUCUGAGCCAUUUUUCAUUUAUUGAUGCCACUUCAUCCUCGAACUCGGGACAGAUCUUUUUGUUUCUGGAAGAUAUCAUUUUACAGAUCAGUGAUUUACGCACAAAGAGUGCCAAGGUACCCAACAGCUGGAGGACGAACAAAUGAGACUUUGAAGGGAUUAUAAUGAGGACAAAAUGAUGGAUAUUGAGAGAUGUGUGAAUGAUAUAGAAGAGUUUUCAUACUUCCACUGGACAUCUGUUCCUGUGAUGCCAAAACGAGCUACUGGACAUAAACUUGAACACAAUUAGAUUUAAAUUUUCCUCCCUGAUUUGAAACUUUUUCAGCUGAUUUUUGGUUCAUUUUGGAAAUCAUCUUCAGUGACUUAUCCUUUCGGCUGGAGUAGAAGAUACUUUCCUCUUCAUCAUCCUCGGUUCUUGACGCGCCCAUAGCACGCUCUUUCAUCGAGGUCUUAGUGGAGACCACUGCUCUCCCAAGGGAUGUUUGUGGGCUCCCGAGAACAGGGAGCGACAGCCCGGCUCCUGCAGAGGAUCUCCGCCUCGUCCUGGUGCCAAUGCAGCGAAUUUGAGAGGAGAUGAGAGCUGUGGUGUACCACCUCCUCGCCGGCUACCUCUGCCUUUUACGCAUCGCUGCUGAGGAGUCUCCUCUCCCCCGGGAGCUGCUGGAGCGCCUCUCCCGCAGCGAGAUCCGCAGCAUCAGCGACCUCCAGCGGCUGCUAGAGAUAGACUCCGUAGAUAAUGAGGUGAUCGAGGAGACCAAACACAGCUACUACAAGGACUUCUCUCACAGCUUCGCCGACCUUAAGAGAGCACACACACACACCAGACACAGGAGGAGCACUGUGAUAGAGGAGGCCUUGCCUGCAUCGUGUAAGGUGCGAACAAUGAUCUACGAGAUCCCCAGGAGCCAGGUGGAUCCCACCGCGGCUAACUUCAUCAUCUGGCCGCCCUGCGUCGAGGUGAAACGCUGCACCGGCUGCUGCAACACCAGCAACAUGAGGUGUCAGGCGGCCAGGAAGCACCAUCGCACGGUCAAGGUGGCAAAGGUGGAGUACGUGCGACGGCGACCCAAGCUGAGGGAGGUGCAGGUGAAGCUGGAGGAUCACCUGGAGUGCAUGUGCACCAAUAAACGGCACUCCAGUUCAAACACAGACAAUGGCAUCAGGUGAAGAGAGUCAGACUGAUAGAGGAGCAGAGGACGGAAAGAACAAGAGAACAUGAACGAGCACCUUCAGCCACUUAACAUCUCCUCUUCCUCGCCCGCCAUCAAGUGACUGAAAGGUUUGAUGGGAUUAUAUUUGGACCUCUGGGAGGAUAGCUGACUUUCAUGGACCUCAUGUGUCUCACUUUCAAAAGUGAGAAACGAACUCACGAACACAGACGCUGACGAUGCUGGUUGAAGUGGAUUCUGGGAUAUCAGAGGACUUAUUAUCUACGUCUUGUAUAAACGGCUCAGCGACUCGGAUUAUUAACUGGGUGGAAUCCUUUCUAGAAACCGUGACUGGGAUUAGAUUUUUUUUUUUACUCUUGCUCGACAAAACGCCCACACACACACAUGCACGUAUAUCCUCUUAUUUUUAUAACCCCUCAUUUUUAUCACUGCCUGUUUCUACUUCUGGUAUGUUAUCUGCAUAAAGACAGGACGGGAUACAAAUCCUCCUGACAUGUUACUGAUACUAAUAAACUAUUUAUA